AGUUUACAAAACGGAAGCCUAAAAGACUUCCGUUUCCAACAAAAAACGAUUCUGCAUAUUUGUUCUCGAUUCUUUUUUCUCUUCAAUCUAUCUAUCGUAAUGGGUGUUAAUCAGAGAGCAGUAGCAGCGUUGCUCUCGUGCUGGGUUCUGAUAUGUGUUGUGAUCGUAGAAACGACGGCGUUUGAGGAGAGACAGACGCUGGACGCGGCGGUGAGGGAUCGCGGCCUCAGAACGCGGCGGCCGGAGCACCGGAACGCGUACGCGACGAUGAUGUACAUGGGAACGCCAAGGGAUUACGAGUUCUACGUGGCAACACGUGUCCUCAUCAGAUCACUCCGAGCCCUCCACGUUGACGCUGAUGUCGUCGUCAUCGCCUCCCUCGACGUCCCUCUCCGCUGGGUUCGUUCCAUGGAGGAGGAAGACGGAGCAAAGGUGGUGAGAGUGGAGAACGUGGAGAAUCCGUACAAGGGACAGAGAAAUUUCAACGGGAGAUUCAAGCAGACACUGAACAAACUGUACGCGUGGGCUCUGUCGGACUACGACCGAGUGGUAAUGCUCGACGCCGACAACCUCUUCCUGCAGAACACGGACGAGCUCUUUCAAUGCGGCCAAUUCUGCGCCGUCUUCAUAAACCCAUGCAUCUUCCACACAGGCCUCUUCGUCUUGCAGCCUUCCAUGGAUGUCUUCAGGGACAUGCUUCAUGAGCUUGAGCUCCGAAGACAUAACCCUGAUGGAGCCGACCAAGGUUUCCUCGUCAGCUACUUCUCCGAUCUGCUCAACCAGCCUCUGUUUCAUCCUCCGACCGAUCCUUCUCAUCUUCUCAAAGGACAUUUCAGACUUCCCUUGGGCUACCAGAUGGAUGCGUCUUAUUACUACCUUAGACUGAGAUGGAACAUCCCAUGUGGACCAAACAGUGUGAUAACGUUCCCAGGGGCUGUCUGGCUAAAGCCAUGGUACUGGUGGUCAUGGCCUGUUCUUCCUUUAGGCCUCUCUUGGCACGAACAGCGCCGCUCUACUCUUGGCUAUGCAGCGGAGAUGCCACUAGCUCUAAUACAAGCAGCGUUCUACAUCGGAAUAAUCGUGAUCACACGUCUGGCACGUCCCACCAUCACUAAGCUUUGCUACAGACGUUCUGAACGCAACCAUUCAGCCAUCCAAAACGCGUUAAAGCUGACGGCUAUCAUAUCGAUCGUAGCAGCUUACGUUCUGCCCUUCUUCACCAUCCCACAGACCAUCCACCCACUGAUGGGUUGGUCCCUCUACUUGAUCGGAUCGCUCUCUCUCUCCUCCAUAGCCAUCAACGCCCUCUUGCUCCCGACUCUGUCAGUCCUUACGCCUUGGCUCUGCAUAACCGGAUCCCUCCUCGUGAUGGCAUUUCCGUUGUACCAAGACGGGGUUGUGAGGGCUCUAGCUGUUUUCGGGUAUGCAUUUUGUAGCGCUCCUUUUGUUUGGGUGUCUUUGGUUAGGGUGAUGUCGCAUCUUCAGUUGUUGAUUGAGAAAGAGGCUUUGUUUCCGCGGUUGGGGGAAUCCGGGAUGAACUCUGGCUUCAGCAAAUUGUACUAGGGGAGGACGGUCUAGUCAGAUUCCGGUGACCGGAUAGAUUUUCCGGUUGAACUGCGUUGGUGAGUUGCUUCUGUAUAUAUACAUGAAAAAUAUCAAUUCAUUU